AUGGCAGAAAAAAUACUACAAGAUAUAGCUGAACAAAACAAGCGUCUUACAAUAGCGCAAAUCAAUAAAAACACGGAAGAGAAAGCAGAAGCCUACUACAAUCUAGGCAGAGCUUAUUACUUCCUCGAGGACUUCCAUCGAGCAAUAGAAUACCUCGAGCAAUACCUGAGCAUUGCUGAGGAAGUCGGGAACAGAGCAGGAUCAGCAGGAUGUGCCUAUGGCAAUCUCGGCUGUGCUUACCAAUCCCUCGGUGACUCCCAUAGAGCAAUAGAGUACCACAAUCAACACCUCAGGAUUGCCAAGGAAGUUGGUGACAGGGCAUGUGAACGCAAAGCCUAUUCCAAACUCGGCCUUGCUUAUUACAGCCUUGAAGAAUUCCAGAGAGCAAUAGAGUACGACAAUCAAGACGUCAGCAUUGCCAAGGAAGUUGGUGACAGGGCAGGUGAAGGAUGUGCUUAUGGCAAUCUCGGCUGUGCUUACAAAUCCCUCGGUGACUCCCAAAGAGCAAUAGAGUACCACAAUCAACACCUAGGGAUUGCCAAGGAAGUUGGUGACAGGGAAUGUGAAGGCAAAGCCUAUUCCAAUCUCAGCCAUGCUUAUUACAGCCUUGAAGAAUUCCAAAGAGUAAUAGAGUACAACAAUAAAUACCUCAGCAUUGCCAAGGACGUUGGUGACAGGGCAGGGCAAGGCAAAGCCUAUGCCAAUCUUGGCCUUGCUUAUGACAGCCUUAGUGAAUUCCAAAGAGCAAUAGAGUACCACAAUCAACACCUCAGCAUUGCCAAGGAAAUUGGUAACAGGGCAUGUGAAGGCAGAGCCUAUGCCAAUCUCGGCCUUGCUUAUGACAGCCUUAAUGAAUUCCAAAGAGCAAUAGAGUACAAAAAUAAAUACCUCAUCAUUGCAAAGGAAGUUGGUGACAGGGAAGGUGAAGGAUGUGCCUCUGCCUAUCUCGGCCUUGCUUAUCACAGCCUUGAAGAAUUCCCACAAGCAAUAGAGUACCACAAUCAACACCUCAGCAUUGCCAAGGAAGUUGGUGACAGGGCAGGUGAAGGCGAAGCCUAUGCCAAUCUCGGCCUUGCUUAUGACAGCCUUAAUGAAUUCCAAAGAGUAAUAGAGUACAACAAUAAAUACCUCAGCUUUGCCAAGGAAGUUGGUGACAGGGCAGGGCAAGGAGAAGCCUAUGCCAAUCUCGGUCUUGCUUAUUUCAGCCUUAAUGAAUUCCAAAAAGCGAUUGAGUACAAUACAAAAUACCUCAUCAUUGCCAAGGAAGUUGGUGAUAGGGCACGGCAAGGGCAAGGCUAUGGCAUUCUCGGCAAUAUUUAUUUAGUUCUCGGCGAAUACCAACGAGCAAUAGAGUACACUAAUAAAUACCUCAUCAUUGCCAGGGAAGUUGGUAACAGGGCAGGGGAAGGCAACGCCUAUGGCACUCUCGGCGCUACUUAUCACAGCCUUGAUGAAUUCAGACGAGCAAUGGAGUGCCACGAGAAACAACUGAGCAUUGCCAAGGAAGUCGGUGACAGAAAAGGAAAAGAACACGCCUAUUUAAACAUCGGCGACGUUCAUUAUUCCCUCGGCGACGUGCCACGAGCAAUGGAGUUCUACAAGCAAUGCCUGAGCAAUGCCAAGAAAAUCGGUGACAGGGAUGGACAAGGAAGUGCCUAUUGCAGCCUCGGAAGUUGUUACAGAGAUCUCAACGACUUGAAGGAAGCAAUGGAGUGUUACAAGCAACACCUGAGCAUUGCCGAGGAAAUCGGUGACAGGAUAGCAGAAGCCUGUGCACAUGCAGGUCUGGGUCACUCCUUUUGGGCAUCACAUUCUUUAAAUGAGGCUUUAGAACAUUUUAGAUGCUGUGUUAACAUCUAUGACACUAUUAGAGCCAAUUCUAUCUCGGAAGAUCAAUUGAAAGUAAGUUUCUGUACGAAACAUCAAUGUGUCUUUUCUCAUUUAUGGCACGUUUUAAUACUGCUUCGAAGGAAUGAUGAGGCUUUAUACGCUGCUGAGUGGGGACGGGCACAGGCUUUGCUCGAUGCCUUAAAAGUGACUUAUGGCCUUACAUCACUUUCUCCCAGUUCAAAUGAAUCUGAAGAAGAAGUCAGAAAUAUUUCAAGGGAGACAACUGUUUUAACAGUUUUUCUUGCCCUGCAAGAGAAAACAAUCAAUAUGUGGGUGUUGGGAAAAGAGAGCAACUCUAUUUUUAGGCAAGCGGAAAUAGAAAUCGGACAUGAACACGAAGAUUCCUUUACUCUCCUUUUAGACACUGUUUUGAAAAACAUUAGGGCUGGCGUCGGUAUUAGGUGCGAAAAUCGGUCAAUGGAUAAGCUGAGUGAUGACUCAACUUCAAGCACUCGAGACGACGAUCAAACAUCGGAACCAUCACAGGAGACCGCCGACUUUUUACGGCCAUUAUACGAUGCAGUUAUUGGUCACAUUGAAGACUUGCUUGAUGGUAACGAACUAAUUGUAGUCCCCGAUGGUGCUUUGUGCUUAGUUCCCUGGGCAGCCUUAAAAGAAUCGUUAAGGAUCCGUAUCGUUCCCUCACUGACAAGUUUGAAACUCAUCACAAAUUCUCCACGUGAAUACCACAGUAAAAGUGGAGCCCUUCUUGUCGGAGAUCCAUGUUUGAAGAAACUUGCGUAUAAAUGUGGCCAGCCCAUUUAUGUUCAGCUGGAGUGGGCAAAAAAGGAAGUGGAGAUGAUUGGAGAAAUUCUAAAGAGUAAACCAUUAACAGGUGAAGACGCAACCAAAGAAGCCGUGCUUCAGAGAAUCAAGUCAGUGUCUUUGGUUCACAUUGCAGCCCACGGAAGGCCGGAAACCGGAGAAAUUGUUUUGGCUCCAGACCCCCGACGGGAAUCCGACACUCCUACGGAGGAGGACUGCAUUAUGAAAAUGUCUGACAUACAAGCUGUAAAGCUGAGAGCGAGACUCGUUGUGCUAAGUUGCUGCCACAGUGGUCAAGGAGAGGUCUCUUCUGAGGGUGUGGUCGGUAUGGCACGUGCUUUCUUGUUUGCUGGUGCUCGUUCCGUGCUGGCAUCACUCUGGGCAAUUGAUGACGAAGCCACAAUGAUGUUUAUGAAAUCUUUCUACCAACAACUUGGAAGUGGAGAAAGUGCAAGUGUUGCUCUUCAGAGGGCCAUGAAAUGUCUUCGAGACUCCCAGGAUUAUUCUGCUCCAAAGUACUGGGCUCCUUUUGUUCUGAUAGGCGAUGACGUUAAGAUUGAAUUGGAAAAAGAGUCAUUGAGCAAGUCGUAA